UUACCUUGACGCAGCUAGUAUUCGUCGUGCCGUCCGCGUUGCUCGUCUCGUUACCCGGACCGGAGAGAAGAGGCCGAUCCCGCCCGUCGGUUCCGACGCCAUGAGGGAGAUCGUGCAUUUGCAGGCAGGCCAGUGCGGCAACCAGAUCGGCGCCAAGUUCUGGGAGGUGAUCUCGGACGAGCAUGGCAUCGACCCUACCGGCACGUACCACGGCGACAGCGACCUCCAGCUCGAACGCAUCAACGUCUAUUACAACGAGGCCACCGGCGGCAAGUACGUCCCUCGGGCUGUGCUGGUGGAUCUGGAGCCGGGCACCAUGGACUCGGUGCGCUCGGGCCCCUUCGGGCAGAUCUUCCGGCCCGACAACUUCGUCUUCGGUCAGAGUGGAGCAGGCAACAACUGGGCCAAGGGCCAUUACACCGAGGGGGCUGAGCUUGUUGACUCUGUGCUCGAUGUUGUAAGGAAAGAAGCUGAAAGCUGUGACUGUCUCCAGGGUUUCCAACUCACACAUUCCCUGGGGGGUGGCACUGGUUCUGGCAUGGGGACGCUCCUGAUCAGCAAGAUCCGUGAAGAGUACCCGGACAGGAUUAUGAACACUUUUAGCGUAGUCCCCUCCCCCAAAGUGUCAGACACUGUGGUUGAGCCCUACAAUGCCACUCUCUCGGUCCACCAGCUGGUGGAGAACACAGAUGAGACCUAUUGUAUUGAUAAUGAGGCCCUGUAUGAUAUUUGUUUCCGGACCCUGAAGCUGACCACUCCUACCUAUGGCGAUCUCAAUCACCUGGUGUCAGCCACAAUGAGCGGAGUGACCACUUGUCUGCGGUUCCCAGGCCAGCUUAAUGCUGACCUGCGCAAGCUGGCAGUCAACAUGGUCCCCUUUCCUCGGCUACAUUUUUUUAUGCCUGGCUUUGCUCCGCUGACCAGUCGGGGGAGCCAGCAGUACCGUGCCCUGACGGUGCCUGAGCUUACCCAGCAGAUGUUUGAUGCCAAGAACAUGAUGGCGGCCUGCGACCCCCGCCAUGGGCGUUACCUCACGGUUGCGGCAGUUUUCCGUGGGCGCAUGUCGAUGAAGGAAGUAGAUGAGCAGAUGCUGAAUGUCCAGAACAAGAAUAGCAGCUACUUUGUAGAGUGGAUCCCCAAUAACGUGAAGACCGCCGUCUGUGACAUCCCUCCUCGUGGCCUUAAGAUGUCAGCCACCUUCAUCGGCAACAGCACUGCCAUACAGGAACUUUUCAAGCGCAUCUCGGAGCAGUUCACAGCUAUGUUCCGCCGCAAGGCUUUCCUGCAUUGGUACACUGGGGAGGGCAUGGAUGAGAUGGAGUUCACUGAGGCCGAGAGCAACAUGAACGACCUGGUCUCAGAAUACCAGCAGUACCAGGAUGCAACAGCCGAGGAAGAGGGUGAGUUUGAAGAGGAAGCAGAGGAAGAAGCAGCUUAGACCCGAGGUGGGUUGGGGUCACACCUGUUUGUUCUGUUCAAAGGUGUCACAAACUUUAUUUGUUCAAGACCUCUGUUUAUGUGUGCUGUGUCGUCUUUAUGUCACCUGUCUGAUGCUGUACGGACAUUAAAAACAUUUUCAUCCUGUA